AUGCCCCGCCCACUGCCCUCGGACCCGCCCUCGACGAGUAUCCCGACCAUCGACUUCUCGACGCUCAAACUGCGCGCGUCGGUACGGUACCGCUUCGAGCGAGACGAGGAGGAGGAAGAGAUGGAGGAGGAAGAUGGCGAGGACGAGGACGAGGACGAAGAGGAGGGACGGUGGAAUCGUGUGCUUAGUCUCUGCGACUAUCGGAUCACCGACGCAGAGGACAAGGUCCUGGGAGUGGUCGAGAUCUGGUACUUCGAGACGUGGGAAUUCUCCGUCGAGAGCGACUGGCUGUCUUUCAUGGACCAGUGGAACCAGGAAUCGCACAAGUUCUCUUGCCUCUUUGACGGCGACGCCCAACUCCGCUCGCGCUUCCUCCGUGAAGGCAAAGGCGUCUUUGGGCCUGAAGUGACAGAAGCCUCAAACAUUGCGUACAUCCAUGAGAUGCGUAUCGAGCCGGAGUACCGCGGGCUUGGACUUGGGACUUGGGCGCUGGACAAGCUGCUUGCGAUGCUGGACGAACGAUGGCAUUAUACCGCCGCCAAAGCCAUGUUCGUCGAGCCCGGCGCGCUCAACUCCGAAUUCUCCUACCGCGACCGUGGAGACGCGGCCUCGCACCUCGACAUGAUGCUAGCGAUCAGCGCGCGAGUCACUAAGUUCUUCCAACGAUCCGGCUUUCGAAGAAUCGGCACGACUUCGUUUCUCUGCUACGCUCGCGAUCCCCAACACCCGUCGCGCACAAUACCGAUGCACCAAGACGCAGAGUAUGAGGAAGACGUGACGAUGAGCCAUGGGGACAUGGUGCGGAUGCUCGCGAGGGGGACGAUGCCUUGGUGA